UUUGCACCACUCUUCCUUCCUUCCUUCCUUCUGCCUGCGACACACACAACACAAAUAUGGAUGCAGCAGCAGCAGCUGCAGCUUCAUCAAUAAUACGUAUUUCACCACCAGCAGCGUUACAAUUAAAUCCCAAUUAUUCUUCAAGAAAACCUAAUUCUAUCUCUUCUCAUCGCUUCUUCUUAUCUCAUCAUAAAACCAAUAAUAAAGCUCUUGCUUCCCUACGCUCUUUCAAUCGCCGCACCGCCGUUCCUCCGCCGCGUUAUUUCCCCACCACUAAGAUUGCUGGUGAUAGAAGUGGUUAUUUGUUGGAGAAACCGUUGACUGAAAGGCCGUUGCUUGAUCAAUGUACAAGGUUAUCUUGCUUUCAUCAUGGGCGGAGAAAACGGUUCCCUAUUUGCAAAUCCACUCCGAGUGCGUUUUCUGACAAGUCUGCGUUUCGUCUGUCUAAGCAUGGAGUAGAUAAUGUAUUUCAAAAACAGGUUCGAGCUCCAUGUGCGGCUGUGGGUCCUGAUGAGCCACAUGCAGCAAGUACAGCCUGGCCUGAUGGUGCCUUGGAGCAGCAGUCGCCCGAUAAUUUUCUCCUCGACACUGAGAGCAGCGAAUGGAGGGAGUUACAGGGGUUUUUAGGUGCUGAACUUCCAUCUCAUCCGAAGUUGUAUAGAGGACAACUAGAAAAUGGUCUUCGCUACCUCAUCUUGCCCAACAAAGUUCCACAAAAUAGGUUUGAAGCCCACAUGGAGGUUCAUGUCGGGUCGAUAGAUGAGGAAGAUGAUGAACAAGGAAUUGCACAUAUGAUUGAGCAUGUUGCAUUUCUUGGAAGUAAGAAGCGGGAAAAACUUCUAAGAACUGGUGCACGCUCGAAUGCUUAUACAGAUUUUCAUCAUACGGUGUUUCACAUCCAUUCACCAACUUCUUUGCAGGAUUCUGAUGAAGAUCUACUUCCAUCUGUUUUGGAUGCUUUGCAUGAGAUAGCUUUUUACCCAAAGUUUCUUACUUCCCGAGUUGAAAAAGAAAGACGUGCUAUAUUAUCAGAGCUGCAAAUGAUGAACACCAUCGAGUACCGUGUUGAUUGCCAGUUGCUGCAACAUUUGCAUUCUGAGAAUAAGCUGAGUAAAAGAUUCCCGAUUGGCCUAGAAGAUCAGAUAAAGAAGUGGGAUGCAGAAAAAAUCAGAAAAUUCCAUGAGCGGUGGUACUUUCCAGCUAAUGCAACUUUGUAUCUUGUGGGGGAUAUUGACAACAUUCCAAAGACAGUUCACCACAUCGAAGCUGUUUUUGGACAGAAGAAUGUUGACAACGAGGUUCCUGUAGCACCUAAAACUAGUGCAUUUGGAGCAAUGGCUAAUUUUCUUGUUCCUAAGCUAACAGGAGGGAUCUCUGCUGACUCAUCACAUGACAGAUCAUCUCUUUUAGUUGAUCAAUCAAAACUUCCCAAGAAAGAAAGGCAUGCAGUUCGGCCUCCUGUUGAGCAUAAUUGGUCACUUCCUGGGAGACAUGAGGAUCUGAAGUCACCACAGAUAUUUCAGCAUGAGCUGCUUCAGAAUUUUUCGAUCAACAUGUUUUGCAAGAUUCCUGUGAACAAGGUCCAGACGUAUGGUGAUUUGCGUAAUGUUCUUAUGAAGAGGAUAUUCCUUUCGGCUUUGCAUUUUCGCAUUAACUCAAGAUAUAAGAGUUCUAGCCCUCCAUUUACAUCUAUUGAGUUGGAUCAUAGUGACUCAGGAAGAGAGGGAUGCACUGUCACUACUCUUACAGUAACCGCUGAACCCAAGAGUUGGCAAAGUGCAAUUAAAGUGGCUGCACAAGAGGUUCGAAGGCUUAAGGAGUUUGGUGUUACAAAAGGAGAAUUGGCGCGUUAUCUUGAUGCGCUACUGAAAGACAGUGAACAGUUAGCUGCUAUGAGUGAUAAUAUUUCAUCAGUGGAUAACCUGGAUUUUGUUAUGGAGAGUGAUGCGCUUGGUCAUAUGGUUAUGGAUCAUAAACAAAGUCAUGAAAGUUUGAUUGGUGUUGCUGGAACAAUCACUCUUGAAGAAGUAAAUUUCAUUGGUGCACAAGUUUUGGAGUACAUUUCAGAUUUUGGAAAAGCAUCUGCACCUGUUCCUGCAGCCAUUGUUGCAUGCGUUCCAAAAAAAGUACAUGUUGAUGGAGUAGGGGAAAUUGAUUUCAAGAUAACCCCAAGUGAGAUUACAGCUGCAAUUGAAGAAGGUUUGAAAGAACCUAUAGAGCCGGAGGCAGAGUUUGAGGUACCAAAGGAAUUGAUAACCUCGGCACACCUUGAUGAUCUAAAGCUACAACUUCAACCAUCUUUUGUAUCUACUGGUUUAGAUUCGACUUCUACUAAAGUUCAUGAUAAAGAAACUGGAAUCACCCAGUGUCGUCUCUCAAAUGGGAUUACUGUAAACUACAAGAUAUCCAAAACCGAAACUUGUGGGGGGGUGAUGCGGCUUAUAGUAGGCGGUGGACGGGCAGCAGAAACACCAGAAUCAAGGGGAGCAGUUGUUUUGGGUGUUCGAACUUUGAGUGAAGGGGGACGUGUUGGUAACUUUUCAAGGGAACAGGUAGAGCUCUUUUGUGUGAAUCAUCUGAUAAAUUGUUCACUGGAGUCCACCGAAGAAUUUCUUUGUAUGGAGUUCCGUUUUACUACACGAGGCAAUGGGAUGCGUGCUGCUUUCCAGUUGCUUCAUAUGGUACUUGAGCAUAGCGUGUGGCUUGAAGAUGCAUUUGAUAGAGCAAGGCAAUUAUAUUUAUCGUAUUAUCGCUCUAUUCCUAAAAGCUUGGAAAGGUCAACUGCUCACAAGCUCAUGAUAGCUAUGUUGGAUGAGGAUGAACGGUUUGUGGAACCCACACCACAUUCUUUACAAAAUUUAACAUUGCAGACUGUAAAAGAUGCAGUGAUGAAUCAGUUUGUUAGUGAUAACAUGGAGGUAAGCAUUGUUGGUGACUUUUCAGAAGAGGAUAUCGAGUCUUGUGUAAUGGAUUACCUAGGCACUGUUAGAGCAACAAAAGGGGCUGAUAGGGCACUGAGCUAUACCCCUAUUAACUAUCGGCCGUCUCCUAAUGAUUUGAACUUUCAACAAGUGUUCUUAAAGGACACCGAUGAACGAGCAUGUGCAUACAUUGCAGGCCCUGCGCCAAACCGCUGGGGAUAUACAGCUGAUGGUACAGACCUUCUCGAGUCCGUAAAUAAUCUGUCAGUCAAUAAUGAUGUACAACCAGAAGCUGAAGGACAGCUCGUGAAGGCAGGUGAUAGUAGUACUAUUGAUCUCCAAAGAAAAUCUCGGAAUCACCCACUAUACUUUGCAAUUGCAGUGGGGCUGUUGGCAGAGAUAAUUAAUUCCAGGCUUUUCACCGAAGUCAGAGACUCCCAGGGAUUAACUUAUGACGUAUCGUUCGAGUUAAACCUAUUUGACAGGUUAAAGCUUGGUUGGUAUGUUAUAUCAGUAACAUCUACACCAGCCAAGGUACAUAGAGCUGUUGAUGCAUGCAAGGGUGUGCUAAGAGGCUUGCAUAGUAAAAGAAUAGCUGAACAUGAAUUAGACCGGGCUAAGCGGACUCUAUUGAUGAAACACGAAGCUGAAACCAAGUCAAAUGCCUACUGGCUAGGGUUGAUAGCUCAUUUGCAGGCUGCUUCUGUCCAUAGGAAGGAUAUAUCAUGCAUCAAAGAUUUGACAAUGCUAUAUGAAGCGGCCACCAUUGAGGAUGUGUACCUGGCAUAUGAACAGUUAAAAAUCGAUGAACAAUCCUUGUACUGCUGCAUUGGCAUUGCUGGUGCUCAGGCUGGUGACGAAGUUUCAGGCUCUUUACCAGAGGAGGAGUAUGUUGGAGGACUUCAGGGUGUUAUUCCUGUAGGCCGAGGUUCCCACACGAUGACAAUGCCAACGACAUAAUUAUUCUAGAUCAAGAUAUAUAUAUAUAUCUAGUGUUCGGAGGAAGAUUGACUAUGUGGUACACGGUACUGACAAUUUGAACUGCAUAUUGAUCGGCUAAAACUCUGGGUAAAACGUGAGAGAUUUGUAGUUGAAGUAUACGUGACUUCAUGGUGUGAUUAAUCUCAAAUAGAUUGAUUACAGUAAGUCACUGGCUCAUGUAGUGGUUUACAAUAAAUUGUGUAUUCUAGGUUAGUCAUAAAUCGAGCAAUGUACAUGUAGUAACUUUAUAUAGACAUGGCCAUUAUUUUUGUUAAACUUAUUCGAUUACUUCCUGUGUGUAAUUGGAUUAUUACAUGGUAAUGCAGAAAUAUAGCUGAUUUUUUUUACA